AUGCAGGGACGGAAGCUACUUUUUCUAUUGCUUCUUGCUACGCUAGUUGUUUCCUGUAAAUCAAGUUUAUCAGCAAAGUCAAAGGCAAAAAAGUCCGCGACAGUAUUGCCCGAGAGUGUCGUUGAGCCAAAUGAAGGCGCGUUCGCUACCAUUCUGUACGAUUAUGGAGAAGAUAGUGAGGCGCUACUGCUGGCCACGCGCGUGCUUAUGCGCAGCAUUAAAGACUCUAAUACCAAAUAUCGACGUAUGGUGAUUGUACCACAGGAUGGACUGCAGGAAAGCAGUGAGAAGGCUCUGAAGGAGGACGACGCGGAUGUGGAAAUUGUACACACCUCGAUUCCGAAUGUGUUUGCGCAUAUGCCGCUGACAGACCACCGCACGCAAUUGUUGCACAUGCGAAACAAACUCGUGAUUUGGGACGACCCACAGAUCUCCUCGCUCAAGCGCGUGGUGUAUCUCGACCCAGAGAAUCUAGUGUUACGCAACUUGGACGAGAUUUUUGCCUGCUACGCGUUCUGUGCCGUGGAUAAUGGUCAGUCGGUAGUGUACUCCAAUGGACUUUUGGUUAUUUCGCCAGAGAGUAUUGUGGUGCGGAACUUAUACUCCGAUGCUAUUGAUGGCUUUAUGAUCACUGGUCGUGCGUACAACUACAUUGGUAUCAUCCAGGGUUUCAUGCCGGGCCUUUUUGAAGCCUUUGAGGAAAGUCCAUUGUUCUUCCUUGGAUGGGAUGGAGAUGAACAUGGAGAAGACAUUGAUGGAGUAGAUGAUGGUGAUGACGCAGAGGAGCUGUCGGAAAAUUCGGUUGUCCAUGUCCACCGCCUGCCGUUCUACUACAGUAUCAAUCAUAUGGUCUUUUAUGAACGCAUGAAUUGGGACCUGUACAAAUGCAAAGAUAAAAAUUUGGCCACAGGGGAGAUUCCAGGACCAUUGCUGAGUUACAAAUAUAGUGGUGCUACGGUAAAGCCGUGGUUCUGGCUACCAUACACGUAUUUCCAGGUGUUUUGGUACUGGCAGGAAGUGCGCGACCGUCUUGGGGAAGACCAUUUUGGUUACUUUGUUGGGAAAAUGAUUUCUUUCUUGGUGAUUUUUGCUUUCAUCUGGUUUACCUACGUUUCGCUCUGUUUGAAGUUGUUUACUGAGCCAAAUGGACGCCGGCGACGUUUAUCGAGCUGGGGUUCGCCUACUCCUAGCAACGCACAGUCGCUAUCCAUAGAUGUGUUCAAUUCACGAGUGGCGCGUCGAGCCUGCCAGUUUUCGUGCAGUGUGCUGUAUGCUGUUGCAUCCAUGCCACUGGUGUCAAGCAUCUUUAUCGUCGUGGUGCUCAUCUUUUGCAGCAUCCAAAUGAUUCCUAUCACAAUGCAACCCAGCUACGCAGGCAAGCUAUGGGUUAUCGUGCACGACCUGUUGCUAACCACGUUGCUGCUGGUAUUUGCGAUGGCGCAUACGUUACGAACUGCGCAGUGGAAGAAAGACGAAGUGCCUGCAACAUUAGAGCUUAUGGUAGAUGGUGUCUGGUGGUGUGUGAAGAAGCUUCCGCUGUUAGUGCUGGCACAGCUCCAGUUUCUUUACAUGAUUGGUCGAACUGAUUGGUUCCAGAACCCGGUGCUCCGUCCUAUUAUGACCUGUGUCUUUUUUGCCAUCGCCCUCCUCGUGGAAGGCCGCAUUCUCGUUGUUGAGAUGCACCGUGUCACGCGGAACUAA